CAAGCUUUACCACACAUUUCUCUCUAUAACUCUCUUUCAAAGUAUAAUAUAUAAAAUAUAUAUAUAUAUAUACACACCUCUACGAGCUCCUUCCCAUGGCAGCAGGACUCUCAACAAUCCCCGUAACACUCAAACCACUCACCCGUUAUUCUUUCUCUUCAAACCAACCUAUCUCCACCGCCGUUUUCCCACCAUCUCCACGACUCAACAGCUUUAAACGGAGAAAGAUUCUCACCGUUUGUUUCGUUGUCGAAGAACGGAAACAGAGCUUUCCCAUGGACGAGGACAAACCGGAAAGCACGACGAGCUCUUUGGAGAUGUUGGCGAGGACGCGCCUUAUCAAGAAAGCAGAAAGGAAAAAAACGGAGAGGAUGACUUAUUUUAUCGCAGCUGUGAUGUCGAGCUUUGGUAUUACUUCUUUGGCUAUCAUUGCUGUUUAUUACCGGUUUUAUUGGCAAAUGAAGGGAGGUGAAGUGCCUGCAUCAGAGAUGUUUGGUACAUUUGCUCUAGCCGUUGGUGCUGCGGUUGGGAUGGAGUUUUGGGCAAGGUGGGCGCAUAGAGCUCUAUGGCACGAUUCUUUAUGGAACAUGCAUGAGUCUCAUCACAAACCAAGAGAAGGAGCGUUUGAGUUAAACGAUGUGUUCGCUAUAAUAAACGCGGUUCCUGCGAUUGGUCUACUCUAUUAUGGAUUCUUUAAUAAAGGACUUGUUCCUGGUCUCUGCUUCGGUGCCGGACUGGGAAUAACGAUGUUUGGAAUGGCUUACAUGUUCGUCCACGAUGGACUCGUGCACAAGAGAUUCCCUGUCGGUCCUAUUGCCAACGUCCCUUACCUCCGAAAGGUCGCGGCAGCUCACCAGCUACACCACACAGACAAAUUCAAGGGUGUACCAUAUGGGCUGUUUCUUGGACCAAAGGAACUGGAAGAAGUGGGAGGAAAAGAAGAGUUGGAGAAAGAGAUAAGCCGGAGAAUCAGAUUAUACAACAAGGGUUCUUCCACCUCUUAAUUGCUACAAAUUAAACCCAUUUUUUACAUUUUUUUUUAAAUUAGUAAGAAAAAACAUUUGUUUUAAAAUAUAUAUAAAAUGAAGUAGAAGAAGAGUCAGGAUAAUUAGCCUUUCCAGUACAAAUUUGAAUACCGUAUCCAUCGAUGUGUCAUUCAGUUUUAAGCUUACCAAACAUAUAGAUGGAUUGGGACCAAAACACAACACGUCAAUUUUUUCGGUGAUUUCGUCUUGGUCCAUAUAUUAAGUUCAAGUACAUA